AUGUGUAUUUAUGUGUUUGACACGCGAAAGAAUCCAAGAGCUCCUGAUUUGCAUAAAGUUGUUGAGAAGGAUGAGAAGGAGCUGCUGUUGCUGCUGAUGGCCAUUUGCCUUAGUGAUGGUCUUGAAAUGAGGGUUGCAGAUGGGAAAAAGACAAUUGCAACAUUUUUUAGCUGUGUUAUGUCUGCUAUUGGAGGAAACAGUGCUGGUCCUGGUCGGUAUAUUGCAAAUGCUGUGGUUAAUGUGUACAUCAAGCACGAGAAGAAGUUUGCUUUUGUGGAUAUGAGAAAUGUUGAAGAAGUGAGCAAUGCAAUGGCAUUAGACGGGAUAACGUUUGAGGCACUUGUGGUGAAGCUAAGGGAAGGCACCGGGCCAAAUGCUAAUACUGGUGUUGUCACUGGAGUUGUUGCAACUGUUGGGGAGCUUGCUAGGGUGGGAGGUUUUGGAAUGAAGCAAUAUCUUGGUGAACUAAUGCCAGUAAUUGUUGAAGCCCUCUUGGAUGGAGCUGCUGUUAUAAAGCGUGAAGUGGCUGUCGCAACUCUUGGUCAAGUUGUACAGAGCACUGGUUAUGUGAUUGCUCCAUACAAAGAGUACCCACAACUGCUUGGUUUACUAUGGAAAUUGUUGAAGGAGCUGGUGGAUUGGGUUCAAACAGCUGGUGGAUUGCGACAGCCUUUGAUUUUACAACUAAAGGGGUUCUCCAAGCUGCAGUGCAAGGGGAAUUGUGGCGGAUGAAGGACGUGGAUGGGAGGCCGCCCGGAAUGAUUGGAUUGUGGCCAGAAAAGAUUGUCACAUUCAUCGACAAUCAUGAUACAGGAUCCACACAACAGUUAUGGGCAUUCCCUUCGGAUAAAAUCAUGCAAGGAUAUGCUUCUGUUCUCACCCAUCCAGGAAUCCCUUCCAUAGUGAGUUCUAAUCAUCUACUGUUGUUAUGGUUUUUUUUUUUUCUCCUGCUGUAAGUAUCCAUAAAAUUGCAUGUCCUCUGAGAUUUGGAUGGUUAUAAAUACAAUUGAACUGGUUUGCUCCACCAUACAUGGACUAAAAAAAUUUACCUUCCUAGCACAUUUGAAGUGUCAGCUAUUAGGUCCCUAAUCAAACAGUUUGUGAAGAACCAUGGUGUGUGCAUUGAAUAAACUUGAGUGAGAUGUUUUCAAGAAGGUCCUGCACACAUCUCACUUAACCAUUGCCAAGAUUCCAUUGACCUGAUGUUCCAAAAGGCUAAAAGCAGAGUUAUUUUUGUUUUUGUUUUUGGGUUCAGUCACUUUCUCGGGUUGUAAUAGGGAAGAUAGCACGGGGAGUUGUGUUCAUUUGACACAUGGACAGUUGCACACAAAAUGUCUACCUUAUUAAGUACCUGACCUGAACCAACUUGCUGUUUUAUACCUCUUUAGUAUAUUUGUUUAUUCCUGGUGGGAUUUUUGUCUGUUGAUACUAGCACUCUUUCUACCAUUCAAUCGCUGCAUGCUUGUGCCGCAUGUACAAUGUUUGUGUGCAUGCAUACAGGUUGAUAUAUUCUGCUAGCAUCCAUAAACUGACUAUUGGAUUGAAUAGCAUUUUCCUCCACUGAAGAUCUGUACCAUUUUUGACAGAUAUCACAAUGAUAUUGAUGUUUCUGUCUUAUUGCAAAGUAGCAAUGAAGGUUUCUUUCAUUUCUUUUGCUCUCAUUUGUUUUUUCUCGGGUAUCCAUAUGCUUGUACAUGUGUCAAACAAGUCUAUUUUAAACUUCAUAUGGUAACUUUGCUUUUUUGACAUUUAAAUGCUGACAAAGAAACCUCUAAAGCUGUUAAAAAGUAAAAUUAGGAGCCAGGG